CGAAGGCGUCCAGGGCGGGGGCAGCCACACACGGGCUGCGCUGCAGCAGCUGCUGGCGCAGAGUCUGCAGCUCAGCUCGGAGGCGGUCUUCGUGCGGCCGCUCCAGCCGCGCCACCAGUAGCGCGCCCAGCACCAGGAAGGUAAUCUUAAUCGGCCAGUCUGGAAUUUCCUGGUCAGCACCAGCGAGCCUCGAAGCGGAGGGUACCUGUGUCCCAGCCAGGCAUGGCUGACCCCCACCAGCUUUUUGAUGACACGAGUUCGGCCCAGAGCCGAGGCUACGGGGCCCAGCGGGCGCCUGGCGGCCUGGGCUACCCUACAGCCUCCGCCUCGCCCCAGGCGGCCUUCCUGGGUGAUCCUGUGUCCAACAUGGCCAUGGCCUACGGGAGCAGCCUCGCCGCGCAGGGCAAGGAGCUGGUGGAUAAGAACAUCGACCGCUUCAUCCCCGUCACCAAGCUCAAGUAUUACUUCGCCGUGGACACCAUGUAUGUGGGCAAAAAGCUGGGUCUGCUCUUCUUCCCCUACCUGCACCAGGACUGGGAGGUGCAGUACCAGCAGGACACACCAGUGGCCCCGCGCUUUGACGUCAACGCGCCUGACCUCUACAUUCCAGCCAUGGCGUUCAUCACCUACGUCUUGGUGGCUGGCCUGGCGCUGGGGACCCAGGAUAGACCUCCUGGGGCUGCAGGCGAGCUCGGCGUUGGCCUGGCUGACACUGGAGGUGCUGGCCAUCCUGCUCAGCCUCUACCUUGUCACUGUCAAUACAGACCUCACCACUAUCGACCUGGUGGCCUUCUUGGGCUACAAAUAUGUUGGGAUGAUUGGCGGGGUCCUCAUGGGCCUGCUCUUUGGAAAGAUUGGCUACUACCUCGUGCUGGGCUGGUGCUGUGUGUCCAUCUUUGUGUUCAUGAUCCGGACGCUGCGGCUGAAGAUCCUGGCCGAGGCGGCGGCCGAGGGCAUCCCGGUGCGUGGGGCGCGGAACCAGCUGCGCAUGUACCUGACCAUGGCCGUGGCGGCGGCGCAGCCCCUGCUCAUGUACUGGCUCACCUUCCACCUGAUUCGGUGAGGGCGGCCCCGCGACGCCUCCAGCUGCUGCUUCCGGUGGCCACCGCGCUGCCGCCGCUCAUCUCCCGGCCACCUGCCGGCCACAGGGUCCGCCCCGCCGCCCGAGUCCCUCCCUCCCCAUCCUCGCCGAGGUGCUGAGAUCUACAGCUGCACAGGCCGCCCCCGAGCAGUGCGGCCACUGUUCCAGAAACAAUAAACCGUAAUGGGCACGGCGCGGGCAGCCUCUCCUUGGAGCGCGGUGCCCAGCAGGGGGCAGGCCCGGUCCGGGAAGGGGGAUGGGGAAGGGCGGGGCGGGGACAAAAGGCAACCUGGAGGCCGAG